AUGGGAGCGAAUGAAUAUACAGUACAAUUAACGCGUCACGGUGAAUCCUGUGAUGUCUCAAGGAAAGGCAGGGGGCAGUUUGUCAAAGCGGCGGAAGUGGCCCACGAGGCCGCGACGCACGUCACUUCCGGCCACCCAUCGCCGCCGGCCACGCGACACGUAUCGCCAGUUUCCUGCCGAAAUGAACGCCACGAUCAAGAUGAUGUUUCCCUUGAUGCCCUGUGGGCAACUCUUAAUUGCCAGCGUCCAAAACUAGUCCCUCUUAGAUCAUUUCCUGAGACUAAGCACGAGGGCCACAUACGCCUGCGGCAUGUUUUGACACUUGCCGCCGCGCACGACAUUCUAGCCUUUAUCCGGUUUAAGAUAAGGGCGAUAACGGCUAAUAAAGUAAUGAGUAUCAUCUUCAGCGCACUCGGAGCAGGUGAGCCGGCGAUGAGAGCGGAGGGCUCGCGCGCCACCGAGCAAAGGAACGAAAGAACAUCAAAGCGGGCUCUUCAAUUAGCCGAC